AUGUCCGCAACUAUCACUCAUGUCAACACUGGACUCAGUACCACUCUCACUCUUACAGAUUCCACGUCCAGAUCCAGAUCCGUGGGAUCUUUCGUUGUAAAAGGGGUGAAACGUCCAUUGGAAUCUAAAGACGAUGGUAAUCAGAAAAUCACCUUAUUAUAUUACCUGUGUACGGGUAGGGGUUCCAACCUCCAAUGUUUGUCCAUCUCUGGAACUAGCUCUGAAUCGCACCCGGAUGCAUCUUCCCCAUCGAUAUACCAAUUGGACAUGUCUAGCACUAGAGUGACUCCACGUAUGUUAUAUGAUCGUUCCCGUCCAUAUUCGUCGGAGAGUAUGAACGCCGCAAAGGCAUUUCGAGAUAAUAUACAUCCAGUUUAUCUCAAUCACCUCUCAAGAGGCGCAGAGAGCGAAAGAGAAAAAUUUAUGACAAGUGCUAUUCCAGACGGAUUAAAAGUUUCUACUUUUCUGAACCAUCUGUCUACUCCAAAUGCAACGAGGAAUAUCCAAAGGUGGAUUCAAAAUCAUUAUGAUAACGAAAUCCCAUCAAGUGAUAAAAGUCUUUUCGAUCUUGAAUUCGCAAGAGACAGACAAGAUUUCAUUACUCGUGAACCAGGACUUUCUGAGGAAUUUGCAAAUAGGUUACAAGCCCCUUUGGAUCUUACCUUAUAUCGUAGACAAAUCGAACAACAAUGGGGACAAUCGACGAUUGGCCCCUGGAGUGAGGUCAGUCCGAGACUACUAGAGGAAAUUCCUGGGAAGAUCCUUGUUCCCGUUUACUGUCCUUCCUUGGACAAUGAGAACAGUGCUGAUAAACAGGACGAUGUGUAG